AUGGCACAGGGAAAAGGAGGGAAAGCAGAUCCAAGAGUGAUGGGAAAGGACGAAGAGCAUCAUAAGAGUGUGAUGAAGCUGAGUCAGAUAAAAAAGAUUAUGAAGGAUAGGACACGAAUGAGGAUAUCUAAGGAUGCGCUUGUUGCGGUUGGAGCAUGCGUGAUAUACCUGAUUGGAGAGAUUACUGACGGUGCAAGGAAUGUGGCAAGCACAGAUGGGAAGAAGAAGAUCAUGCCGAAGCAUAUUAACAAUGCAAUCUAUAAUGACACUGAGUUGCAUUUUAUUGGACAUGACUGGCUGAUAAAGAAUGGUGGAAUGAAGUCGAGCAUUGUGCCUGGCGAGGUUGCAGCAAAUAGCAAGAAGAGUUCUCGUGAAUAA